UGCGCCUACAAGCAAUUCAGCUGUUGCGGACAAUGGCGGUGUCUCGACGGACGGUGUGACAUCUCGACAGGCUAGAUGUUUCCGCUGCGCUGCCCGGACGCGGCUGCACGUAAACACGCAUCGGUUCGCGGACGCUGAAGAGACGGAUCCACGGCGCGCAGCUCCGGGUGUCUCGCUCUUUUCUCCCUUCUCUCUCUUACGCUCUUUCGCUUUUUCUCACCGCAUACGAUGGCUACGGUGAAUGCAAACGCGCUGUCCAGUGAUAUAAGCCGUAGGAAUCCCCAGGACGAGUAUGAGCUCAUCCAGAGGAUAGGCAGCGGGACCUACGGUGAUGUCUACAAGGCUAAACGGCUCUCCAUGAAUGAUCUUGCGGCUAUUAAGGUUAUCAAACUGGAACCAGGUGAUGACUUUGCAAUCAUUCAACAGGAGAUUCUAAUGAUGAAGGACUGCAGGCAUCCAAAUAUUAUUGCAUAUUAUGGCAGUUAUUUAAGGAGAGACAAGCUAUGGAUAUGUAUGGAGUAUUGCGGAGGUGGAUCGUUGCAGGAUAUAUAUCAUAUAACUGGACCAUUAACAGAAAUACAAAUAGCAUAUAUGUGUCGGGAGACCCUCACUGGUUUAGCUUACUUACAUAGCAUGGGCAAAAUGCAUCGUGAUAUUAAGGGUGCCAAUAUACUCUUGACUGAGGCAGGUGAUGUAAAAUUAGCAGACUUUGGUGUAUCGGCGCAGAUCACUGCGACGAUUAACAAGAGAAAGAGUUUUAUUGGUACACCUUAUUGGAUGGCUCCUGAGGUAGCAGCUGUGGAGAGAAAAGGUGGUUAUAAUCAAUUGUGUGAUAUCUGGGCAUGUGGAAUAACUGCAAUUGAAUUAGCGGAGUUGCAACCGCCAAUGUUUGACCUACAUCCAAUGCGCGCUCUGUUUCUCAUGUCGAAGUCUGGUUUCAAGCCACCGACAUUGAAGGAUCGCGACAAAUGGAGUCCAACGUUCCAUAACUUCGUUAAAAUUGCCCUCACAAAAAAUCCAAAGAAAAGGCCAACCGCAGAAAAGUUGCUUCAGCACGCGUUUUUCCAAGGAGAGAUGAGUAAGAGACUGGCUUUAGAAUUAUUGCAAAAAGUAUCAAAUCCCAGCCAUAUGUUUACGGAUCUGGAGGCCGACGAAGACGGGGCAGUACCAAAUGUUCCACAAAGAAUAGCAUCGCGACACACCGCAAGACCUAGGCCUAAAAGUCCCAUAUCGCAACUGGAUAGUGACGAUCAAAUCAACAUUGAUGGAGGAACAUUACAUAGAGAAUCCAUAACGCCAUCUGUAGAUAGCAAUCCAGCAUGGGAUAUUAUGGAUAUUAUGAAUAAUGUUAAGGGCGUGCACAAUUGUGACGUGCAUCAAGACUGUGGAAUGGGAUCUGCGUUUGAAGACGUCCAGGAAAAGAGUCUAUUGCAGUACAUUGAUGAGGAGUUGUUGCUAAGGGGGAAUGCAAUGUCGAUGGUUGGUGGGCAUUGCGACCAGCUAUAUUCCCUGCAAGCUACUCUUCCAUUGGGGGAAUCUUCGAAUGAUUGCGAAGUCCAUUGUCCCUAUUAUAAUGUGUCUGGAUCUCAAGCGAGUCCCAGACGUCACAGCUCCGUGGACGAAUUGUAUGGUCUCGUCAAUAAUUCUCAGUCUUUAACUGCUGUGAAUGGGCAACGCCAACGAUCAUUAUCGGAUAGCGGCCCUAGGGACGAGCCCGCACAGUCGAACGGUGACAACGAGGCAUCGGCUGAACGAGAUAGGGAAAAUAUGAGUCCAGACUUACUGUCAGACACGCCGCCUGUUCCUCCAAGGAGAAGGGAUCGAAAGAGACAUACACCACCAAGACCCAUAAGUAAUGGAUUGCCUCCUACACCAAAAGUACAUAUGGGAGCAUGUUUUUCAAAGGUAUUUAACGGGUGUCCACUGAGAAUACACUGUACCGCAAGUUGGAUUCAUCCAGAUACAAGGGAUCAGCAUCUACUGAUUGCAGCGGAAGAAGGAAUUUAUAAUUUAAAUUUGAAUGAACUUCAUGAAACUGCGAUAGACCAGUUAUAUCCCAGACGUACUAUCUGGAUGUAUGUUAUCAAGGAUGUUCUUAUGUCUCUUUCCGGAAAAACGCCUCAAUUGUAUAGGCACGAUUUGCUAGCAAUCCUAAGUAAACAGACUCAUAGAUUUUCGUUGCACAUGAAUAAAAUACCAGAGAGAUUAGUCCCUAGGAAGUUUGCCCUCACUACGAAAGUGCCAGACACAAAGGGAUGUACAAAAUGUUGUGUUGGGAGAAAUCCAUAUAAUGGGUACAAGUAUUUAUGUGGUGCAAUGCCAGCAGGAAUAUUCCUAAUGCAAUGGUAUGAUCCAUUAAACAAAUUUAUGCUUUUGAAACAUUUCGAUUGCGUUCUACCAUCGCCUCUAAAUGUUUUUAAAAUGGUUAUUACGCCUGAGAUGGAAUAUCCGAUGGUAUGUGUAUCUGUAAAACAGCCAUACCAGCAAAACAAAUUAAAACUGGAUUUAAUUAAUAUGAAUUCGGGAGCGAGUUGGUUCCACAGUGACGAAUUGGAAGAUAUGGACGGCUCAGCAACUGUGAUACCAAGACGAGAGAAUUUAAACGUUAUUAACGUUACACAAUUUGAGAAAGAUGCAAUACUUGUUUGUUACGAUAAUGUGGUGAAGAUGGUAACUUUACAGGGGAAACCUCGUGUUAGCAAGAAGCAGCUGUCAGAGCUGCAGUUUAAUUUUCAAAUCGAAUCUAUCAUUUGUUUGCCUGAUAGUGUACUGGCAUUCCACAAACAUGGUAUGCAAGGUAGAAGUUUCAAAAAUGGCGAAGUUACACAAGAGAUUAGUGACCCAAGUAGAACUUAUAGGGUACUUGGCUCAGAUAAGGUUGUGAUGUUGGAGAGUCACCUAGUUCAAAGUGGCACACUGACUGAAUCGGAAGGGGCGGAUUUGUACAUUCUCGCUGGACACGAAGCCAGUUAUUAAAUACUGAUCCUAAAUAGCGAGCACGUGACCACUUGCUGUAUGGUUUCGCAUGAUUUGAUUGAAUUGCAUGUAACAUGGAACGGCUACAAGAACGGUGAGAGUAAAGUAUACGGAGAUGAAAAUUUUAUGAUUAAUUAUUCCACCGCGAACAUAAAUGCGACUGACACAACCAGCGUGCAAACUUUGCGAUAGUCGCUAUCUCUCCGUGUAGCCGAUAUUGCAUAGACUGGUAGUUAUUUUCAAUAUUUUUUUUAACGAGUGUCGUAGGGCUAGACAGUACUUGCAAUGGAUACGAGUAAAGCCAUUAUAAUGGGGAGAAAAAGUAAAUUUAGCGAGAGGACAGAUAAUGUGCAUACGAAAUUAUCCUUAUGCCUGAUCAAAUGAAGCUAACAAUAAUCGCGCUGCAAAUGAUAUUGAAUAAAGGCGAUUUACUAGUUUAUUUAGCUAUAUGUUCUAAAUUAUGCAGUUAUAAAUUGUAGAGCUAUGAAAA